ACAACGGAGACGGAGACGAAUACGACGACGUCAUGCAAGCAAUCAAAUGUGUUGUUGUUGGCGACGGCGCCGUGGGCAAGACUUGCCUGCUGAUCAGCUAUACAACGAACGCCUUCCCGGGGGAAUAUAUUCCCACCGUCUUCGACAACUACUCGGCCAAUGUGAUGGUCGAUGCCAAGCCCAUCAAUCUGGGACUUUGGGAUACAGCCGGACAGGAGGAUUACGAUCGCUUGCGUCCGCUAUCGUAUCCACAGACUGACGUCUUUCUCAUCUGCUUCUCGCUGGUGAAUCCCGCCUCGUUUGAGAACGUGCGCGCCAAAUGGUUUCCCGAGGUUCGUCAUCAUUGCAACAAUGUGCCCAUUAUUCUGGUGGGUACAAAGCUCGAUUUACGCGACGACAAGCAGACGAUUGAAAAACUCAAGGAUAAAAAGCUCACGCCCAUCACUUAUCCCCAGGGCUUGGCCAUGGCCAAGGAAAUUGCAGCUGUCAAGUAUCUGGAAUGUUCAGCUCUGCCCCAAAAGGGUCUCAAGACGGUCUUUGAUGAGGCCAUAAGAUCGGUGCUUUGUCCCCCAAUACGUCACUCACGCAAGCGCAAGUGCGUGCUGCUCUAGGGUGGAAAAGCUUGCUAAAAAAUAUUCAAUGUUUUCAAAGAGAGCGGGAGAAAGAGAGAGACGGAAGGAAGGCAGAGAACAAAGCGCUGAAAGUUUGCAAAAAUGAAUUCGCUUUAGUUACAGUUACAGCUUAAGCUCUGUGUUGAUGAUGUAGUUUCAGUGUGUGCAAGAGAGAGAGAGAGAGACAGUCAGAGUCAGAGCAUUACGCACAAGAGCAAAGUAUUCUUUUUUGUUGUUGUUCUUGUUAUACAUAUGUGUGUGCGUGAGUGUGUGGGGGGGCAACGCAUUAAAUUUGUAAGCGCAGCGCGCGUUAUUAGAGGGGGGCCACCAGUCAACGACGAGUUGAUAUGAAUACAAAAAAAUAUAUAUAUAAAUAAAAAUAAAAACAAAGAUACACGCACACACACACGCAUGCACUCACGCAUACAUAUUGAAAUGUAUGCGUGGCUGUAUGUUGAUAGAUAUACAGGGCGCAGGCAAGAAAAAAUUAUAUGACAAAUGCGUUUAGAAUUUCUAUGGAAAUACAAAUAAAAUGUUAUAAUUAAUUGUAAAUAAAUCUAGAUGAUUUCAAAUUUAUAUUGUAUGAACACUGAUAAGAACGAAAGUCUAGGCGCCAUCCGAUCGCUUUCAAUCGCUUAUCGAUUAAAACAAAUUUAUUGCACACACCUAUAAAUAGAAAUCCGAUUCACGCAGGCUAAACAUCUUUAGAGAAACAGACAAAAAGCAAUUAUUUUUUAUUGUUUUUUUUUUUAAUAUUACAAUUUACACUUUAAUCGUCUUCCACAUGUGCAAAGUGCAAUAAACGAAAAUAAAAAGAAGAAGAAGAAAAAGAAUAAUGCCUUUGACUGCAUUUUUCUUUUUUGGUCGCCUUAAAUGUGCUUAGAUUUUAUAAUUUAUUUAAUGACUUUAAUGUUUUACAUAUUAAGCAACUAAAUAUGACAAACGCUAAUUUAAUGCAUCAACCUUUGCCAAAAUGUGUUUUCGUGUUUAUUGUAUUUAAUAAUAAUAGAUAGACACUCAUAUAUUUUAAACUGUAUUACAAUGGAGAAAAUACAAUUUAUUUAUAUUAACACAUAAUUUACUACUGUUAAUACAUGUAAUAAAAGAAACGAAAGAAAUAAACAGAAAAAAAUUGUAAAUAAAUAAUAA